AUGAGACUAUCACCAAAAUCCCCACCUGCGUGGCCUGGGCGGAGCAACCGGCCGCAUGUUUUCGUUUCCGCGGAAUUCUCCAGUAUCAACAUUAUAGUACGCGUGAAUAAGAUUCUCACCCGCCGGAUCGGGCUUUACAUUCAUCCCACCCAGGUGCUCACACUUCUGCGCGCAGGAGUUUGCAACAACAUCAUCUGUACGUCCAUAUCCUCUGCUGACCCAGUCUUCGACGCAUCCGUUCAUACACAACGUAUAUGGGUGAUUUGCAGCAUUUGGGUCUCCACCACCCGGACAACUAUCAGCAUUGAUGCCGAGUGUCAGGGCAAGGACAGUGAGGAGCGUAGGGAAUCGCAUUUGUGUCGUGAACAAGAUGGCUAUAUGAGCUGGCAGUCACUUCCCCACAUGCCCCGCAUCGAAAUCCAAUUUGGCAUCCCGCAUUUCUCGCGGGACAGGUCGAGACAGCUCUAA